GCCAGAGCCAAGGAUCGCAGCAGUGUAGCUGCUGUGGAGAGCCUGGUGGGAACCAAAUUAUUACAGCUCUGAAUGUGUGAUCUCUAUUCUUCAUACAGUUACAUAUACAGUACGUUACAAUUGACUACUUUAGUUGCUGUUUAUGUUCGUGCUUAAGCUCUAUCAACUUGAGUGUGAAGCAGCUGCGAGAUUUAGCGACUUCUUUCAUCAUUUUUCAUGCAGCCAUAUGAUUGCCCUUUAAAAGAGAGACAUUAAAGGACCAAACAGAAGAGGUCGGACUAAACUUGGUGGAACAUGGGGGAAAAGCUCGCACUGACAUGAUCCUCCAAUUUUGGAGUUAAAACACCUUGACUGGAGGAGAUAAUGAACGCUGUUGAACAAAGGACACCUUUUAUCUACAUGCAACCUAAGAUGGCCGCUAUUGCUGUGUGACCUUCAGGAGAAGGUACAACAGAACUAUUUCUGCGUCAAGUGUUUAUGGACAGUAGAAUUUUGUCUCCUUUUCCCUAAUGGCUCCAAAUUCUGUCGAUCUUGUCGGAUUUAUGCCAGGGGUAUUUGACAGUGGACAACACCAAGUCAUCCUCUGGAUUCUGCUUGCUGUUGUCUGUGCCUUUUUGCUCCUGACCAUUCUUAUUUUCCUAUGCAAUAGCUGUUACAGGCACCUGAACACUGCCGAACGAAAUGGGGACAAUGAGAACCUAAUGAGUGUGCCUUCAGAGAAAGAGGCCAACAGCUAUUCAGUCUCAAAUUUUGGAAAUGAGGUGCCAGCAAAUGGUCACACUGACAGCCUUGCAAAUGGAGACAUCCUUUCAGAUGAGAUUCCAAAUAUUCAGUCUUCUGAAAAUGCAGUGCUUCCAAUGGUAGUGAACCAACAAGAAAAUUCCUGUAAAUCUUCAAAAUGUCCUCAGAGCAGAGAACUGCCACAAAUACCUGGGAAUGAUUCCAUACCCAACACCGAAUCUACAACAGUGACUGAAAGCGAGACCUCUCAUGGAGUGUAUGAGCCGUAUGAAGUGCUAAAGGCCAGUUCUUUGCAAGAUAUCAUUGUUGAAGACUCUCUCUAUGAAACUGUGAAGGAGCCAAAAGAUGAAUCUGGCAGUGUGGCAAAUGAAAUUUAUUCUCAAUCCGAAGAUUCAGAUAUUGUGGUACAGUGCCAAAAUCCCAAACUUACUGGUGCUACUCCAGAAUAUGCAACGGUAAGCAAGGUGAAAAUGAAUCAACAGAGCACUUCAGUAGAAGAGAUGGUGGCUGGUGAAGAUGAUCCACCAACGCUUCCAAUAAAGGAGUUGAAUGAAAAUGAGAACGUGGAUGGUAAAGGUGCAGAGAUUUCAGCCAUGUACUCCACUGUGAAUAAACCUGCAAAGACGUGGUCCCAAGCAGAGGCAGAGCAGGAAGGUGGGUAUGCCAGCAUUGAUGAGGUGACUCCACAACGGCGCCCAUCUACAGCCAGUCAUCUGUAUGCAUCUGUAGCUGACUAUGACAGAGAACCCAAGGUUGCAGGUCCAAAUCCAUCCGUAAAUGAUGCAGGGGAGGAGUCUGAUCCAGGAUAUGAGCCUAUCAGAGCUCCAAAAGAGGAAUCUAUAGACAAGGGGAUUGAACCCAAUGAAAAUGGAUCUCAGUGCAAUGAAGGAGAGCAUGACUAUGAAAGUAUACGGGAAUUGGAACAGAAACAAAAAAAUGAACAAUCCUAACGUUUAACUGCUGGUCAUUUAGCACAACUGAGAGACACAUUGUAGCCAAUUACUUUAAAAUUUGCUUGGCAUCUCUCAUACUAGGUAUCUUAAGAACGGAGUUUAAGGAGGAAAUAUUUCCUGACUCCAAUGUACUUCUGCGCCAAUACAUUAAUGAAAAUUGCUUUUAUAUUUGUUUAAUUUGUUUUUGAGGGGGAGGGGGAAGAAUAAUUCCUAGGUGUCUGAACAGGAUAAGUCACUUGGUGAUUUUCUUUUAUGUGAACCUGUUUGAGGGAACACAGUAACAGAUCAAAUUGCAAAAACAAAGAGCUACGUUCAGCACAACUGUGUUCUUUGCACAAUGCAGUUGGGUGAACUCUACUUACGUUUGGUAUAUUUUAUUUGGGAACAGAAAAACAUGUAUUUUCAUAAAUUAAAGGAUUGAUUGAGUAGCAACACAAAGCAUUCUUCUUUUGAGAGAAAUAGUAGGAUAGUUCUUCUUUUGAUGUAUGUUCAUUAGUAAAUAGCAACAUCGAAUAAAAACCAUUCAAAAAUGAAUACUUGUGUAAAUAACCAAAUAAGGAGAAAGGAAAAAUUUAGAUGAUUAUGUUUCAGAUAAAUUAGAAUUAAGUAUAUCAUUCAAGAGGGCUUACCACAAUGACUGUGUGUCAUUAAGAUUUUGUUGAGACCCACAGUUGGUUUCUCUAAUUGGCACCAAUAUCUUCCUGUACUCUGACAGAAAAACAAUUAUGAAGCAAUUUUCUGCCUUUCAUUAAAUGUAAACUUUAUUUUGACUCUCCAAAAUAAAUCAAGAAUGUGUAAUAUUAGAAAGCGAGCUACAAGACAAGAUGCCUUCAUUCAUCUACAAGCAAUAAAUCUUCUGAACUGCACUUGCAGCUCAAAUAAUAGAAAAGGACUAACUCCCCAGGUCAGAUCAGGUCUAUUCAACACCAAACAUUUGCAAUGUCUGGGAAGAAGACAAAAUUCUCUUUUAGAUCUCAAAUUCUGCAUCAGAAACCUGUAUGCUUUCUAAUUUCAGGCUUUGCUGGUAAGCCUCAUAAGCAAAUAAACUGUUGGUUCACCUAUCUGAAGGAAAACCACUUUUGAAUGUUGAUAUAUAGAAAGCAUUUAAAAAUAAACUCUGCCUUCCUGUGUAUCAGCUUAAAUGUGCAGCUCCUCCAAAGAUCUCUCACCAAUAUCUCCUAAGAUGGUAGUGAUACAGCUGUAUUUUAAUCCCUUUGGAGCAACCUGGCCCGCCCUUGUUCUGGCUAUGACCUGUUGACAAACAGGGAAGGCAGUUUGAAAUUUGCACAGAUCUGGUCUGGUCAGCACACAUCAGUGUGGUUGACUCUUAAACUGACCUCUGAAAUGGUCUAGCAUGUUAUUCCAUUCAACGGUGAAUAUGGAUGGGCAACAAAUGCGAUCUUUGCCAGUGAUGUCCAUAUCCUAUGAAGGAAUGAAAAAAAUAAAUUGUAAAAAGCUGAGUCUCACCUAUCAUCCUUGUGGCAGAUACUCUACUAGUUACAGCCAACUUGAAAAUUUAACUCUACCCUCUUGUUCUUGUCUAUUAACCAAUUCUUGAUUUAUGCAAAUGUACGACUUUACAAUUCAUGAACCCAUUUGCGCAUCAACAUUUUCUGUGGCACAUUAUCACAUACCUUUUGAAAAUUCCAUCUACUAUACCUUUCUCUGUCUAUCCUAUUAGUUGCAUCCUCAAAAAUUACUCAUAAAUUUGUGAAAAUACUAUUUCCCUUAAAAAAAUCCUCAUUGACUCUCUCUGAUCAUACAAUGAAUUUCUAAAUGUAUUGUUAAGAUUCCAUUAGACUCUAGCAUUUUCCUGACUUUCCUGAAGCAAUGUUGGGUUACUCUACUGACAAAAUGGUAAAGUCUAGCUAGACACCAAAGUCAAUAUUCAUUCCAUUAUUUUGUAAAAGUUGCAUAAUAAUGCAAUAAACUGCUUACUAUAGUUUGAGUUGGGGCUUACUGUGCACAAAUAGGCCCACUGGCAUGAACUUCAAUAUUAGGAUCAUAUAUAGGAUCUUAAGUCGUUUCAAUUUAAACAUUUUUGAAGUCUCUAUAUUCUAGUUAUCUUUUUUAACCUCACAAGGUGCAAUUAGCAUUGAAAGCACAUUUAGGUAUUCAUACCAAUGGUGGUUCUUAAAAAGGUACAUUGGAGAAUUGUAACUCAAAAUUUGAAUGUUGUGACAAUACAUAAUGCACAAUUAAUCCACAAGUAGGCGUGAUAAGUUAAUCAUUUUAGCAGAAUCCUUUCUCUACUGCUGACAUUGAAAAUAUAUCUUUCAAUUGCAGUAAUGUAUAGAGCAAUGAAAGAUCUAUGGUAGGUUGUUUGGAAUCCAUGAAUCAUUUGUUAUAAGAUAUGUUAAAACAGGUAUUCGCUGGAGCAGAGAAGGUAGUGAAAUGAAAUUGAUCUAAAUGAUCCAACUCUGUUAAUAGAACUUGAUGUAAAAUGCCUGUAGUUUGUAAGCCUAUUUACCAACUACACUUGUUGUGUGGCAGUAUUUGUGAACCUUUGUUAUUUAUGUUCAUAACAACAUAAGGUACUUAUUCCAAAAGUUUUGUAUUCACUUUAAAAACACUUUUGUACUUUUUAAAAUUAGAAGAUAUAUUUGCAUAUAGUUUAUUUUACUGAAGACUAAUAGGAUAAAUUUCUAAAUCGUUUGUUGUUGUAAAAUGAACAGUUUUUAUUUUGUUUCGUUUUACAUGUUGAACAACGUCAGUGUGCAUGUUUAGUAAAAUGGAUGAGUUUUAAUUAAAAAUGCUUCAACAAACAUUUUCUCAGCUGGGCAGUAAAAACAUCUGCAUCGUUUGCAUUGCAGGCAUGCAAUGAUUUGUCAUAUCUGAAUGUGUCUUACAUCAUGUUGAGAUUUUGGGAAGUAAAAACUGGCGACCAUUUUUAAUGUAAUAAGGCAACAUUGUUAUUUUGCAUAUUUGGUAUAUUACUAUUUGUGCUGAAGUUUCUUCAUCACAAAAUCGAUCCUUAAGUUGAGUGAAAUUUGGACCUCUGUUAUCAGUAGGUUUAGAAUGAAUCAUGUUGAUUUUCUAAAUUAGGAGAGGAAGCUACUGCCAAGUACUAACCUCACUUCCUCGUCAUUUUCCCUUCUCUGUAAAUAUACAGCUAAUAUGUAUUGGAGCCUUUAUUUGGAUUUAUUGUCAGAAGCCUCAUGAUUACUUGUAAGAUGUCUUUGUCCUCUGACUAUAGUCAUGGGACCAUGCUAUGAUUCUUCAGUAUAUAAAUGCUGGUCAUAUUAUUUUGAUUAAUUAUACAUUUCAUUCAAGCAGGAAACAAUGCACAGUGCCCCCUUCCUGAUUUACCUUGUCUUUUCUCUUCUUGUUUACAACCUUAACGUUUUGCAGACACUAAGGGCAGCAGAUGCUGGAAACCAGAGUCAAUAGAUGUGAAGCUGGAAAAGCACAGUAGGUUAGACAGCAUCAGAGCAGCAGGAAAGUCAGCAUUUCAGGCCGAAACCCUUCAUCAGGACUGGGCAGUGAGAGGGAGGAUGGUGGGGUUGGGGGUGUAGGGUGGGAGCGAUGGAGAUAGGUGGAUGCAGCUAGGAGCUCAUUGUGAUUGGCCAGUGGGAAGGAUGAAGUGGAUAGGUGAGUAGGAAGAUCAGAUCAGGGAGGAGAGAAGGAGGGAGAAGGCUGGACAUUGGAUAAAGCUGAGGGUGGAGGGAUUUUGAAGUUGGUGAAGUCAAUAUUCAGGUCAUUGGGCUGAAGAUGAAAUAUCAGACGUCAUUCCUCCAGUUCACGUUUGGCCUCACUCUGACUGCAGAGGAGGCCAGGGGAGUGGAAGGGGGAAUUGAAAUGGAUGGUAACCAGGAGGUCAGGUUGGUGCGUACAGAGCGCAGAUGUUCGGCGAGCCAUUCCCCAAGUUUGCAUUUGGUGUCCCCGAUAUGGAGGAGACCACAUCUGGAGCAAAGGAUGCAAUAGAGCUGAUUGGGUAAAGUGCAGGUAAGUCCCUGCUGGAUCUGGAAGGAUUGUUUGGGGCCUUGGACAGAGGUGAGAGGGGAGGUGUAGGGACAGUGUAGCACCUCCUGUGGUUGCAGGGAAAGCUACCGGGUAUAGUGAAGGGGUCAUUGGGGAGGAUAGAGCUGCCAAGGGAAUCGUGAAAUGAAAUGUUCCUGGAAAAACGGACAGGUGUGGGGAAGGAAAUAUCUUUUUGGUGAUGGGAUGUGAUUGUAGGUGACGGAAAUCUCGGAGAAUGUUGCAUUGGAUUCAGAGGUUUGCGGGAUGGUACAUGCGGACUAAGGGGACUCUACCCUUGUUGGGGGAAGGGAGCUUGAGGGCAGAAGCGCAGGAAAUGGAAGAGAUGCGGUUGAGGGCAUCCUUAAUUACAGAGGAGGGGAAACUAUGGUUUCUAAAGUAAGGGAUAUCAAGAAUGUCCUGGAGUAAAAUGCCUCAUCCUAGGAUUAGAUGCAGUGGACGUGGGGGAAUUAUGAAUGUAAGAUAGCAUUUUUACAGGAGGGUGGGUGAGAAGAGGCGCAGCCGAGGUAGCUGUUGGAGUCAAUGGGCUUGAAAUGGCUGUCAAUGUGAGUCGGUUUCUGGAUUUGGAGAUGGAGAGGCCCAGGAAGUUGGGGAGGGGGAGGUGAAUUUGAGGGCAUGGUGGAAGGUGUUCGCGAAGUUGAUGGAUUGCUGCAGCACGUCACGGGAUCAGUCAUCGAUAUAACGGAGAAAGAUGGUGCGGGUGUGGUUGCAAAAGAGGGACUGUUCCACGAAUCCUACAAAAAUGCAGGCAUAGCUUAGGCCCAUGUGGGUGCCCAUGGCCACCCCUUUGGUUUGUAGAAAGUGGGAGGAAUCUAAGGAAAAGUUGUUCUGCCAAGUGAAUGAGACUGUCAGUGAAGGGAGACUGGCUGGCAGAUGAAGAAGCAGAGGGCUUUUAUACCCUCCAUGUGGGGGACAUAGGUACAUAGAACAUUACAGCACAGUACAGGCCCUUCGGCCCUCGAUGUUGUGCCGACCUGUCAUACCGAUCUCAAGCCCAUGUAACCUACACUAUUCCAUGUACGUCCAUAUGCUUGCCCAAUGACGACUUAAAUGUACCUAAAGUUGGCGAAUCUACUACCAUUGCAGGCAAAGCGUUCCAUUCCCUUACUACUCUCUGAGUAAAGAAACUAGCUCUGACAUCUGACCUAUAUCUUUCACCCCUCAGUUUAAAGCUAUGCCCCCUCGUGCUUGCUGUCACCAUCCUAGGAAAGAGGCUCUCCCUAUCCACCCUAUCUAACCCUCUGAUUAUUUUAUAUGUUUCAAUUAAGUCACCUCUCAACCUUCUUCUCUCUAACGAAAACAGCCUCAAGCCCCUCAGCCUUUCCUCGUAAGACCUUCCCUCCAUACCAGGCAACAUGCUAGUAAAUCUCCUCUGCACCCUUUCCCAAGCUUCCACAUCCUUCUUAUAAUGUGGUGACCAGAACUGCACACGAGACUCCAAGUGCGGCUACACUAGAGUUUUGUACAGCUUCACCAUAACCUCUUGGUUCCGGAACUCGAUCCCUCUAUUAAUAAAAGCUAAAACACUGUAUGCCUUCUUAACAGCCCUGUCAACCUGGGUGGCAACUUUCAAGGAUCUGUGUACAUGGACACUGAGAUCUCUCUGCUCAUCUACACUACUAAGAAUCUUACCAUUAGCCCUGUACUUUGCCUUCUGGUUACUCCUACCAAAGUGCAUCACCUCACACUUGUUUGCAUUAAACUCCAUUUGCCAUCUCUCAGCCCAGCUCUGCAGCUUAUCUAUGUCCCUCUGCAACCUGCAGCAUCCUUCAUCACUAUCCACAACUCCACUGACCUUAGUGUCGUCUGCUAACCCAUCCUUCUACACCCUCAUCCAGGUCAUUUAUAAAAAUGACAAACAGCAGUGGACCCAACACCGACCCUUGCGGUACACCACGAGUAACUGGUCUCCAGGAUGAACAUUUCCCAUCAACUACCACCCUCUGUCUUUUUUCAGCAAGCCAAUUUCCGAUCCAAACUGCUAUAUCUCCCACAUUCCAUUCCUCCGCAUUCCUCUGUACAUUUUGUACAGGUGUAAAGGGACUGUGUGUCAUUGGGGGGGCUAGGGAAUUGAAAGUUUUGGAAAAGCUGGAAAGCGUGGGUUGUAUCCCAAAUGCAGGUAGGGAGUUCCUGGAUCAAAGAAGAAAGAAUGAGGUUGAGGUAGAGGGGGACAUGAGCUUAGUGGAGCAGGAGCAGGCAGAGACAAUGGGCCAGCCGGCGAGGUUGGGCUUAUGGAUUUUGGGAGGAGAUAGAAACGGGUGCUGCAGGCUUGGGCAGCUGUCAGGUUGGAUGCUGUGGAUGGACGAUCUGUGUGAUCAGGGGUACGGUGAUAAUCGAGGGGACGAUAGAGGGAGGUGUCAGGUGUCUGGCCUCAGCGAUGGAGAGGCCAGUGUGCCAUACUGCCACUGCGAUCCCUUUGUCGGUGAGUUUAAUAGUCAGGUUAGGGUUGGAGUGAAGGGAGCAGAGGGCUGCGCAAUCUGGUAGGGAGAGGUUGGCAUAAGUGAGAGGGAUGGAGAGAUCCAAGCAAUUGAUGUGGUGGCAGUUUGGGAUCAAAAGGUCAAGAAGGGGUAGAAGGUUCCAGGAAGGGGUGUCCAGGAGGAUGGAGCUUACUGGAGGCAGGAGAAUGGGUCAUUAGAGGGUGGGUUGGAUUCCCGUUCAAAGAAAUAGGUGCAGAGGCAUAAAAAGAGCUUGACAUUAUGACAUGCGCAUAAUUUGUCUACAUGUGGGCACAGGGGAAUGAAGGUGAGCCCUUUGCUCAGGGCUGACUGUUCAGCCUCAGUGAGGGGGAGGUCUAAGGGUACAUGGUGAAUACCCAACAGGGCUUGGGGCUGGGGCUGAGUGUAGAAUUGGGGCUGAGGGCAGGCAUGGAGACUUCAUCAGGAUUGGGUAGGUGCACUGCAGCAGUCAUGUAGGCAGAGCACCUAUGGUCUGCACACACCAACAAACCUGGCCUCCCAGUUACCAUUUGUUUUAAUUCCCUGUCCCACUCCCCAGGCGACAUGCCCAUCCUUGGCUUCCUCCACUGCCAGAGUGAGGCCAAACAUAAACUGAUAUUUAGCCUUGGGACCUUACAGCCCAAUCACCCCAAUAUUGACUUCAGCUUCAAAAUCUCUCCACCCCCAGUCCCAAGUCCAGCCCAUCCCCUCCUCCUCAGCUCCCUGACCUGGCCUAACCUGUCUAUCUUCCUCCUCCUCUAUCAGCUCCACCCUUCCCACUAACCAAUAAUAUCCUACCUGCAUUCACCUAUCACCAUCCCAACGACCCUCCUGCCGGCCCACCCUCCUCCCUCUAUUUAUUUCUGGGCUCUUCCCAUCCCCUCCGUCCUGAUGAAGGCUUUCAGCCUGAAACAUUGACUUCCCUGCUCCUCGGAUACUGUCUGACCUUGAUGUUUUGUAUUUGUUCCUUGACUGUGAUUUCUUGUUGUAUCAAAAAAAAUACAUGUGGGAAUUGAUGGAUCGUGUUCAGAUGUGUGAACAAUUGGUAACAUAAAUUGUUAAAUAAAGAUAAAAUU